AUGGAGCCCCGGAUAUCUUCGCCUUCUCAUGAAUGGAACGUUCCUUCUUCCUUUGCGUUCAGAUCACAUGAUCAGAUCUGGCCUGAACCACUAGAUACUCCUGGAUAUGUCCCGCGUCAUCUCAAGCGCGCUGCAACCGGCCAAUUCCCGAUAUUAGAGCUCAUCCAGCGCUUGCUGUACCGCCUUAAACCUAGUGGCAUGGGUGAAGUGGAGAGAAUACUUGCUCUAGUUGGUCUAUACCAAGCCUUAUACCCAGCUUACACAUAUUUAAAAGACUUUUGUAUGUGGAUGUGUACUGUACAAGUCACUAUCUCAGAAGCUGAUCCUGUCGCAAAAGAGAUACUCGCUUGGAUAGGCUCAGAAGUUAUCCCAAAAAGUCACUCACGAAGCGCUAUGCUCGCCACUGGUGGUAUGCAUGAUUCUCAUCAAGCAUUUCCCCUUGUAAUGAUGCCUUCUCCUCCGGGAGCGGCAACACACAAGAAGGAUGACGGUAUCUUUUGCCUCUCACCAAUUGGUACACGACUCUUCUGGAUCGGCUUUCGCCCAUUUUUCUUUUCCCGUCGGGGUGUCCAGAGCCUUCGGAACAAUGCAUUGACGUCCGCCAAUACAAUUCACGAUAACAGCCAAUUUCAAAAUGCCAUUACCCUCACAACUCCAGGGUGGAGUCUCAAGCCACUACAAAACUUUGUGGAAAUGUGUCAUGACUUCAAGUUGAAGCACCUUACUGGCACUACUACAGUUUACUUUGCAGGCGUUAGCCGCAACGAUCCUUACGGGGGCGGCUGGCAGUCUGUAUCCAAGGCCGUCCGCAAACUCGACACCAUCGACAUGGACGAAGACGUCAAAUCCGAUAUCGUUCGAGACGCCGAGUACUACUAUAGUGAUGAGUCGCGCGCCUUUUUCGCCGACUGCGGUAUUCCUUACCGACGUGGAUAUCUCUUCCACGGACCCCCCGGCACUGGCAAGAGCUCUUUCAGCGCUGCACUCGCAGGCCAUCUUAGAUGCGACAUUUACCACAUUAGCCUAUCGAACGGUACCAUCAGCGAUGAUGCUCUCCAUCGUCUCUUCUUGGGACUUCCACGCAAAUGCAUUGUGGUCAUUGAAGACAUAGAUUCCGCAGGUAUCGGCCGUGAAACUACAACUUCGCGAAGAGCAGCACGCGAAGAGCGAAUGCAUCGCUAUAUCCCGAACGACAUCCUCGAAAUAGAAGCCUUUGAGGAACUGCUACCUCGAAAACGUCCCACAUCAACUUCGUCCACUCGCAACCUAGUCACUCUAAGCGGCCUUUUAAACGCCAUCGACGGCAAUGCUUCGCAAGAAGGCCGACUACUCAUCAUGACAUCCAACGACCCCGGCGCCCUCGACGCUGCCCUCACCCGCCCCGGUCGUAUAGACAAAAAAGUUUAUUUCGGAAAUAUGACAAAGAGUGCCGGAAGGAGCAUCUUCAAGCGUCUGAUAGGGCGAUCCGCCAUGGCAUACAACUCCGGGUUUACUCCGGCGCAGAUUGAGCAGUGGGCGGAUGAGUUUGCGGACAAGGUGCCGUCGAACGUUUUUUCUCCGGCUCAAGUACAAAACUUUCUUCAGGGCUGCCGCGGUGACCCGAUCAAGGCGCUGAACGAUGUCGAGGCGUGGAUUGCGGAGAAUCGAUCUACGCAUAUGAAUGGGGCGUUUGAUAGCAAAUUCGACUUGUCGCUGUCAGGUAGUGAGCCGGAUUCGGGGUGA